AUGAGCUUCUUCCACGCUGGCAAGAUUCGUGUAAUGUUGAUUGGCGGGGGAGGGAGGGAGCAUGCAAUCGCUUGGUCACUGAGCAAGUCCCCUAAGGUCGAGUUAAUCAUUUGUGCUCCUGGCAAUGGCGGUACGGCUCGCGGAUCAACCAAGAUUAAGAACUGCGACCCUGAUAUAAAGGCCACGGAUCUUACAGGACUGUUGGGGGUUGCUGAAACCCAUCGUGUGGAUCUGGUUGUUCCAUGUUCUGACUCAUCCAUCAUAUCCGGAGCAGUGGACUUCUUUGAAACCCGGGGGUUCCGAGUUUUUGGACCUUCUAAGAAAGCGGCGAAGAUCGAAGGUUCCAAGAGCUGGGCGAAAGCCUUUAUGGAACGCCACAAGAUACCUACUGCAAGCUAUCAAAGCUUCUCAUCACCAUCUGAAGCUAGCUUGUUCCUGCAAAGCCAGUCAACAAGCAGACAUGUUGUGAAAGCAUCAGGCUUGGCAGCAGGAAAGGGUGUGUUUCUUUGUAACACAAAGGAGGAAGCCGAAGAUGCUGUCAACAAGCUCAUGGUUGAGCGUGUUUUCGGCGAAGCUGGAGAAGAAAUCGUCAUUGAGGAGUUCCUGGUUGGUCGUGAAUUGAGUGUCACCAUAACCACGGAUGGAAAGGUAUGGAGGCUGUUCCCAGUCGGACAAGAUGCACAGAGAAUAUAUGACGGAAACCUUGGACCUAAUACAGGCGGUAUGGGAGUUUGUAUCCCAUCAGACUUUUUCACUGUCGAGGAAAUUCAGCAGACGAUCCUAGAACCAACCAUCCGGGGUCUCGAGAACGAAGGCAAGUUCGUUGGGUUUAUCUGCACUGGAAUAAUGCAGACUGUUGAUGGCCCAAAGCUCCUGGAAUAUAACGCCCGGUUUGGUGAUCCCGAGGCACAAGCCUUGUUUCCACUCCUAGACGAUGCCUCAGAUCUUGCAGAUACAAUGAUAGCAUGUACCGAGGCGCAGCUGGAGCGAGUACACAUGGAGUUCCAGCCAAAGGCCGCCAUUUCGCUAGUAGUGGCCUCCAGUGGAUAUCCGGGGGCGUAUCGAGUAGGUGAGAUCAUCGACUUUGGAGCAUUGCCGCAAGAUGUGUUCGUCUUCCAUGCAGGCACCUCGUGGGCAGGAGACCGCCUCGUGACUCAAGGUGGGAGGGUUUUGGCGGUGGUUUGCAUAGCCGAUUCCACAGAAGAAGCCAUCAAAGGAGCUUACAGCGGCGCCCGAGAGAUCAUCUUCAAGGGGAAAUAUCUAAGGACGGACAUCGGUCAAAUUCUCUCUUCGUGGUAA